AUGGCGCCAGUGGACUUGAACUUGGUCGGGCAAUACUACGCCAUUAUAAGCCGAGCUAUGACUGAGGGAACAAAGAUUGCUGUCGAAAAUGCUGUUAGGAUGGUGACGAUGGGACUUGAUGGUGAUCUCAUCGCCAAAGUUCUCUCAUGGGUCAUCACAAGAGUCAUCAAGAGUGUCGUCGACAUCAAGACCAAGGCGCUCACCGUUGCUCUGCGGUUGCAGCACAUGCAAGUGCAUCGGGCACAACAAACAGGCAAGUUGCACUGCGGCAAGUCUCCGACUAAUCAUCCCCCGAAGAUGAACGAUCUGCUCAAGUCGCUGGGGAUGAUCGAUACUGUGAUGAAGCAGAUUGAAACUUUGGUCACUUCCGAUGGCGAUACGUCAGUCCAACUUGACUGA